GUGCACUUUCCCUCGGGAGUCGGAACAAUCCACAACCCUCUGGUUUGUCCUUUUUUCUUCUUCUACCUUCUCUUUCCGUUCCACUCUGGAAUUUUCUCCACGUCUCUCUCGACCCUUAUAUAAACCACUACCAUCUGCCAUACAUCGUCAAAUUCGAAACUUGCAAAAAUACGUCUCAGUGAGCAAAGCAUUCAAAUACAAGCAAGCUCAAGAACCAUAGUCUUGUUAAGCACUCUGCUUCUCGAUCCCGUUUUCUUCAGGAACCAACCUGUUCAACUCAUUCUCUUACUGAAAACUUCCCAAUGGCAUCCAAGAAUGCAGGAAAGGCCAUUGGCAUUGACCUUGGCACGACUUACAGCUGUGUCGCCGUUUGGCAAAAUGACCGCGUGGAGAUCAUAGCAAAUGACCAAGGCAAUAGAACAACUCCUUCCUACGUUGCUUUUACAGAUACCGAGCGGCUCAUUGGGGAUGCAGCCAAGAACCAGGUCGCCAUGAACCCGCAGAACACGGUCUUCGACGCCAAGCGCCUCAUUGGUCGACGAUUCUCCGACCCUACCGUCCAGAACGACAUGAAGCACUGGCCUUUCAAGGUUGUCGCAGGACCCGGAGACAAGCCGAUGAUAGUGGUACAGCAUAAAGGCGAAGAGAAGCAAUUCGCCCCCGAAGAGAUUUCUUCUAUGGUGUUGAUCAAGAUGAGGGAGAUUGCAGAGGCUUAUCUGGGUCACGCAGUAAAUAACGCCGUGAUCACGGUCCCUGCCUACUUCAACGAUUCGCAGAGGCAGGCCACCAAGGACGCUGGAGCCAUUGCGGGACUCAAUGUGAUGAGGAUUAUCAAUGAGCCAACUGCCGCGGCCAUUGCUUAUGGGCUUGACAAGAAGGGGUCGAGGUCCGGGGAAAAGAAUGUGCUUAUUUUCGAUCUCGGUGGUGGGACAUUCGAUGUUUCACUUCUGUCAAUCGAGGAAGGGAUAUUUGAGGUUAAGGCCACUGCUGGUGAUACCCAUCUUGGUGGUGAGGACUUUGAUAACAGGCUAGUGAAUCACUUUGCGGCAGAGUUCAAGAGGAAGCACAAGAAAGAUAUUAGUGGCAGUGCGAGAGCUUUGAGGCGGUUGAGGACGGCAUGUGAGAGGGCGAAGAGGACUCUUUCUUCGACCUCUCAGACGACUAUUGAGAUUGAUUCGCUCUAUGAAGGCAUUGAUUUCUAUGCUACAAUUACAAGGGCGAGAUUUGAAGAACUAAACAUGGAUCUAUUUAGGAAGUGUAUGGAACCAGUGGAGAAGUGUCUUCGAGACGCGAAGAUCGACAAGAGUCAGGUUAACGAGAUUGUUCUCGUUGGUGGGUCCACGAGGAUUCCCAAAGUCCAGCUGCUGCUGCAGGACUUCUUCAAUGGCAAGGAACUCUGCAAGAGCAUAAACCCGGAUGAGGCUGUAGCUUAUGGGGCUGCUGUGCAAGCCGCAAUUUUGAGCGGGGAAGGGAAUGAGAAGGUCCAAGACUUACUCUUGCUUGACGUCACCCCUCUCAGCCUUGGUAUCGAGACUGCUGGUGGUGUUAUGACGGUCUUGAUUCCUAGGAACACAACCAUUCCCACCAAGAAGGAGCAAAUUUUCUCGACUUAUUCAGACAAUCAGCCAGGAGUGCUGAUCCAAGUGUAUGAAGGUGAGAGGGCUAAAACCAAGGACAACAACCUUCUCGGGAAAUUCGAGCUAACGGGCAUUCCUCCCGCUCCAAGAGGAGUUCCUCAAAUCAAUGUGUGCUUCGACAUUGAUGCCAAUGGUAUACUAAAUGUGUCCGCCGAGGACAAGACUGCCGGAGUAAAGAACAAGAUUACCAUCACCAACGACAAGGGAAGGUUGAGCAAGGAAGAGAUUGAGAGACUGGUGCAAGAGGCAGAGAAGUACAAGGCAGAGGACGAGGAGGUGAAGAAGAAGGUGGAGGCUAGGAACUCGCUCGAGAAUUACGCAUACAACAUGAGAAAUACUGUGAAGGACGAGAAGUUUGCUGGGAAACUGAAUCCAGAGGACAAGAAGAAGAUCGAGAAGGCCAUUGAUGAGACGAUUGAGUGGCUGGACGGGAACCAAUUGGCUGAAGCCGACGAGUUUGAGGACAAGUUGAAAGAGUUGGAGGGUUUGUGCAAUCCAAUUGUCGCGAAGUUGUAUCAGGGUGCUGGUGGGGACGGAUCCAUGGGUGGUGGCGCCGAGCAUUCAUCUGGUAGUUCUGGAGCCGGGCCUAAGAUCGAAGAGGUUGACUAAGGCUUCGAAAGCGUCCCAUCUAUCGAUUCCAUUGUCUGUAAUCUGGUUUCGUUACUUUGUUUUGGCUCUUCUCGAGUGGUUGGAGGAAAUACAAUUAUGAAAAAUAAAAGUAAAAACUGUACUUGUAGAUGUAAAGUUGUAAUAUUUUCAGUAAUACUCAAUAUAUUAUGAUUUUCUUCUUUGAAUUAUUACUGCUUCAGUUUCUAUUCUCUGGCUGUAUUUUUACCAUGAAUAUUUUCGCCGCUUUCACAAGUCCUUGAAACUAUAUUUAAGAAAUAUGAUUUAAGAUUUACUUGUUCAAAAUUCUUGGAAGUUGUUCCAAAAACAGAGGCUGGGAAAUUGGGAAUGGGAAGGGGAGCAAGUUAAGUGCGCUGUUAAUGUGAUAAUCUCCUUUCGAUUUCUUUCUAGGGUUGCUGCCGCAUCGCCAUUGCCGUAGUUCCUCGUUCUUCUCUAGAUCUGCAGUCACUGUGUAACACACCUCAAGUUGUUUGAAGAGAAAUACAUAGAAAUUGCUCACGUCGAGGGGAGCACUUCUAUUGAAGAAUGGAAGAAGAAGACGAGAAAAAUAAAAUUUGCAUUAACAUGGAUUCCAGAGCCCUUGGAUCGUUCAUAAAGAAGAUGACCCUUAUAUGAGUCCAGGCUAACACAAUUAAUUCUAUUAACCUUACGGAUUCCAGAGCCCUUGGCUCGUUUAUAAAGACGAUGACCCUUAUAUGAGUCCAGGCUAACACAAUCAAAGGCAUAUAAGAAAAUAAAACUAAGGGCCUAAGUCCACUAGUUACAUUAUAGUCUAAAUAACCUGCUAAAUCACAGUAAAAGCAAUUGUAAAUAGAAUUAAACUGGUCCAAAGUCCAUGGCCCAAGCACUUCAUACUGUGAGACACUGAAGGACCCGGCUGCCGCAUAGUGGGCGACCUUUCGGUCAUCUCUUUAGCCCCAGAUUGGCAACAUUAAACGACCUUUCGUCUCUUCGUACGGAGUAGCUCCACUUAGAACCGUCGUUCGACGCCAACCUGAUCGGCGAGAGUAAAAAUCACAUCCCUACUAUAUUUUUUUUAUGGCAAGAUGCUUCUCAGUUUGAUAUCUAGUUUUAAGCUUAUUAUUUUUCUUGAUGUACUAGUUGGUAUUGGUUUUUGUUUCUUCUUUUCUCAAACGCUAACCCAUUCCUCGUCUCUUACCCUUGUUCCUCUACUCCCGUCUUGCUGUCAGAAAGCAUUCCACUUCUCGCUUCUCUGUUUGAUACAAUCAUUUCGCACUCUACUAGUUGAGUGUGAUGAGAAUACAAUCAAGUCUAGUUGUUCUGUUCUGGACCUGUUUGAAACAAUGUUUACCAGAAGGCGGUUGUGUUAUUGCUUGACUUGGUUGUUUACGAUCUGUUUGAUGCAGAUCUGUUUUGAAGAAGCGUGGUAUUCUGAAUGAAGCAUGCUCGAUUGUUCUGAAUACAAUCAAUACAUAGUUUUUAUCAUCCUCGGUGGUUCAUAAAAUAGGGGAAAAAAAUUUAAAAAAUAUUCAGUGAAAAAAUUAGGUUGUAAAAGCAACUUUGCGAUAUAUGUUGGACUACCAUAGAAGCUUCAGGCAUAGUAAGAGAUUAUAUAGAGGGUGCAAAUCUGAGCUAACAUAUCACCUUUCUUUAUUUUGACACAUUGAUGACAAUUCAUUAGAGUUCAUAUAUCGUGUUUUUAAAGGUUGUACACUAUUAUAAUUUGUAAUCCAAAGAGGUAAAAAAAAGAAGACAAAAGUUCCUUGAUAGAGUGGCGUACAAUCCAUGUGGAUCUUUCUCCUUAUUUGGUGCUGUGUUUACGUUUCUACUCAUUUUGUUUAUAUGCAUAUAUUGCAAUUUAAUUUGUGCUAGUGGAUACUCUCUGGGGGCUUUGAAGGUCAAGAUAUACUUCCUGAGUAGCAGGUGAAUAGGUAAAUAGCUGUUUGUUUGUUUUUACAAAGGUGGCGAUCAACUCAAAGGCUUAGCCAGAAUGGGUAAAUUGCUUGUCUUGAGUUAUUCUGAUAAAACUAUCCAGUGGCAAGUGGUGCUUACAUUUUAUCUCAGAUGAUUGGGGCAAAAAUUUACUGGUUUUAUGCCUGUUUCUUUUCCGUUGUACUUUAUGUUCAUGACAUGGUGAAACCUAACUUUUGUAGUAAAGGAUGUCCGAAACAUACGACCCAGCCAAUCCAUAUGUUCUUCACCAUGCUUCUACUCAAAAUCCACCCAGCCUUCAUGAUGAUGAGAAUGUGAAUUGUGGACGAUCCACCUCAAGACGCUCCUGGCACUGAUGAUGAUGAGAAUGAACUGAAUGGUGUAUCUCAAUACCCACCCAGCACGGAUGAGGAUGACAAUAAAUUGGAUUAUGUGCUGCUCGUUGGUGGUUUGCAUCUUGCUGUACACCCUGACAACGAUGAUCCAGUAGUUCUAGAGAUUUUGAGCGCUCAGUGUGGAAUGUCCACUAGCUCGGGCAAGUGCAGGAGCGCUGAUGGUUGGGAUGUCCAGGAUAGAAAUAACAGGGUGGCUAGGGCAUCUGAAAUGACUGAUGGCAAAGGUAGCUAGGACCCGGACCAAGUUAUAUUUGGUGAAGGCUGAGAGUUAUAGAGGCAAGGAUUGCCACAUGGCUAGAUGCGUGAACAUCCUCAAUGAAUUAGACGCAUAUAUUUCUCAUGAAAGAUACGUUAAAGCCGUGCAAAGCUUCAAGGAUGACUGGUGAGUCGUGGCUUUUCUUCACAUACCAGAUCAUAGGAGGAAAAGCUGGCUUGACAUCCUUUGGGAGGAUUGCCCCAUAGCUAAAUGUGUCACCAUCCUUAAGGUACUUUUCAGGAGGAAGAUAUGGGUUAAACUCAUUAAGGCCAUUCAAAGCUUCAAGGACAAGAGGCGGACUGAGGUGUUUUUCUCAACAUGCCAGAUAAGAGGGGAUCCUGGUUGGACACGCUGUAGAGCGGUGUUUUUCUAAUGGAACCAUAAUAUUUGUUUGGGUGCA